AUGGGCUACCGUGGCUUGGGUUACUCCAGCAGCAGAAGCCUCAGUGGGGUGGCACACUCCAGGACCACGGCAGUGGCUGGAAGACGUGGAUGCGGCUUUGGUGCAGCCAGCACAGGGCUUGGCUGCGGAGGCGCUGGCUUUGGCUACAGGGCUGGUGGGGUCUUCAGGCCACGCACCAUCACACCCAUCACCAUCAACGAGCAACUGCUCCAACCGCUCACACUGGAGCUCGACCCCAACGUGCAAACGGUGAAGUUCCAGGAGAAAGAGCAGAUCAAGGCCCUCAACAACAAAUUUGCUUCUUUCAUUGACAAGGUUCGAUUUCUGGAACAGCAGAACAAGGUGCUGGAGACCAAGUGGAGCUUUCUGCAGGGUCAAAACCCCUACAAGAACAGCAUCGUGCCCACGUUGGAGGCUUAUAUCGGUUACUUGAAGAAGCAGCUGGAAGCACUGGGGAGCAACAGAGCCCAGUUAGAAACAGACCUGAAAACUGCACAGCAGGGUUUGGAAACCAACAAGAAAACGUACAAGGAUGAGCGCAGCCAGCGGACGAGCACCGAGAGGGAGUUUGUUGCCCUGAAGAAGGACGCGGACUGUUUUUUCUUAAACAAAGCAGAGCUGGAAGCCAAGGUGGAAAGCCUGAAAGAAGAGGCUGAAUUCCUGAGAACGUUCUACAAGGAGGAAAUCCACCAGCUGCGGGCCCAGAUCGCAGAUUCCUCAGUGGUCGUGCAGAUGGGCCACAGCCAAGACCUUGAUGUGGAUGGCAUCACUGCGGACAUCAAGGCUCGGUACGAGGACGGUGCCCGCAGGAGCCGGGCAGAAGCACAGGCGUGGCAUGAGAGCAAGUUUGAGGAGCUGCGAGCCACUGCAGGCAGAAAUGCUGACAGCCUGCGAGAGACGAAACCCAGGAUAGCUGAGCUGAACCGGGUAGUGCAGAGGCUGGACGGAGAAGUCAAAAGCGCCAAGGACCAGCGCUGCAAGCUGGAAACUGCUGUGGCCGAUGCGGAGCAGCGUGGGGAAAUGACCCUCAAGGAUGCAAAGCAGAAACUGGCCGAGCUGGAGGAUGCUCUGCAGAAAGCCAAGGCUGACCUGGCCCGGCAGAGCUGCGAGUACCAGGAGCUGAUGAACGUCAAGCUGGCCCUGGACAUCGAAAUCGUCACCUAUAGGAAGCUGCUGGAGGUCGAGGAGAGCAGGCUCGGUGCAGAAGGCUUCCCCGUCAGCAUCUCUGAAACUCAGCUCUGCUCUCCUUUUGCAGCUGCUUGUGGUUCGCAGGGAGGUCUCCCCUACACCCCGGAGCCUGGCUUUGCAAGUGCCCAUGGAUCAGCCAACAGAAACACGUGCUGGACCAGCAGCACGGCGCUGAGCUGCUGUGAUGGCGUUAGCAGGGGCACAAGUUGCUCCCACAUGACGGAGGGAUCUGUGACCAAGUCAGCCAGGGCCAACAUGUGA